AGAUUACAUGUUAUGUUUCGUUUAAAAAAUGUCUGUUUGGGAAGGCCUUCUGAAUAGCCCCCGCAUCAAAGUAAAGUCAACGGCGAUUUCUCCGUUAGCGUCGUGAUUGGUGUCGCCCAGUGAAAGUGCAGAGCAGUUUCGCUUCCGCUGUGAUCAGGCCACUCCCUUCUUCAACAGGAAGUGUAUCAUGAGCCAUCAGGAAGCGGAAACCAAAACAUCCAGUCAGUUGGUUUAAAUUAGCUCUUUAGAAAGGGGCAACAAGCAACGCAGCCAGGAUUAAGAAAACAACAUUUGAGGAAUCAGUGGAGCCUCCUGUUUUCUGUGACAUCAUUGAUACAGUGAUGUCGGUCGGCGAGGCGACAGUGGCCUCCAGGCUGAAAAAGCAGCUGGCCGACAAGAAGGAAUCGGUGGAAGCCUUCAUGGAGAUGCUGGAGAAAGGGGCGGAGCUUCUGGCGGAGACGGUGGGCGAGAUGCUGCCCAUCUUCUCCAUUGUGGCCCCUGUGGUGCAGCUGGCCCUGGACAACGUGGAGAGCAAGGAGGCGGAGUUCAUGAAGGCGCAGUUCCAGAAGGUGCGAGAGCGGCUGGAGGUCGUCUCCGAGGAGAUCCGCCGCGUCGACCAGGAGAUCAGGAAGAGCGGGGCGGACGCAGCCUACUUCUCGGUGGAGGAGAACCUGAGCAAUCAGUUCCGCAAGUUCAUGGACGUCCUAAACGCCAAGCCCAAUUUCCGGGAGGUCAAGAAGGAGAUCUUUCUGGAGCACUUUGCAAAGACCGGGGGCGACAAGAACCUGCACACCCUGUACGGCGCUGUGACAGGGGACAACUUCUCUGGGGAGUCGGUGCUGGAGAUCACCCUCAACUACCACGAAAAGAGUCGCCGGGCCGUGGAGGAAUUCUGCGCCCGUCUGAAGAACCUCUUCUGCCUGGGGCUCAUCGCCCUGGUGGGCCAGGCGGCUCUGAAGGGGACCGGUGAGGAAGAGGACGUCCUGAAGGACUGGGGGGAGAGGAUGAGGCUCAUGGAGGAGAAGAUGAAGGCGGCGGUCGAGGUCUGCAAGGCCGGCUUCGCCGAGCAGGCCAAGCUGGACGUGGGGAAGCGGCUGAAGGAGUGGAGCGCCGAAACCCCGGUUGACCUCGCCAGCAACGUCGCAAAGUUCCUGAACCGAAAGUAUGACUGGGUGUCCUGGUUGGUCAGGGCCUACACCCCCACGAGGGGCUGCUUCGGCGGCCUGGCGCGUGGGGGCAAGGACGAGGCCGUGUGCGGGGGAAACCACUUCACCUUCGAGGGCUCGGUUCGGGUGGUGGUGUCCUACAGCCCGAAUCCCGUCGGCUUGGACGAGGGCGGCCUUCGCAGGCUGAUCGAGGGCCAGGGGCGGAGGACGCGGGACCUGGAGAAACUGGCGAGCAGGAUUCACGCCGGCCUGCCGCAUUGCCUUGUGCACGUGGUCCACCGCCGGUGGGAGGUGGCUGUCGAUUCCAGCAGCUUCCCCGGUGACUGUCAGUAUUGCCAGCAGUACAGGAACGCCCGUAUCUACAUACACGCAGAGUGACUUGCCAACGUUACCCACGGCACAGGACAAACCCGUCUUUACAUACAGUUGACUGAAGGGAUCACUCACAUCUCCAUACAGUUUGACUGACUGGGGACGUCUUGUUGACUGACUGGGGAUUCUUUUAUUAAUUUUUAAAUGUCUUCAUGGUCUUGCCCCACUUUACCUCAGUGAUAUGACUGUAAAGUAUAUUCUGGCUAGGUCACUUAGAUCAUCUGACAGCAAUAUGCUGGUCAUUCCUAGAACCCAGUUGAAAAGUGAGGAAUCUGCUUUUAGUUCCUAUGGCCCCAAACUCUGGAAUUCUCUCACAGAAAACCUUAGAGCCAUCAACACUGUCAGCAGUUUUAAAAAGAAACUUAAAACACAUCUAUUUACUGUUGCUUUUAACUGUUGCUUUUAACUUUUUUAUAUAUAUUAUUAUAUUAUUGUUUUUUAAUAUAAUUUAAACCGAUUCUGGUUUUGCUAUUUUGCUAUCUUUUUUACUAUUUUCUGUAAAGCACUUUGUAAACUUUGUUUUAAAAUAUUUGCUAUACAAAUAAAGUUUAUUAUUAUUAUAGUUC